AUGCACCCGACGUCUGGCCUCUUCCUCUUUGUAGCUCGACAGAAGUAGGGCAAAGUAACACAAAAGCCCCACAGGACUUUACUGGACAACAAACUCGGGACAUUCAUUAAAUCGAGAGACGGUAAAAGUUCUGUUUAACUCGCAACACUGUGGCGAACACCCGGAAACUUUUGUUUUAUCGUUGUUUUUCUCAUCGGCGUCGAUGAUUUAUGACAUUUGUGGAAGAUAAACGCGGAGCCACCCGGUGUGGCUGAAGCCUGUUGCGCUUGUGUAUGCAUAUGUGUGUGUGUGUCUGUGCCCCUCCCGGUCAGGUGACUGAGGUGUGUCUAAUCACUAGAGCCUCUGGAGAUGCUUUGUUCUAUUCUACCUGUCGGUUAACUGAAAGAUGAUCUCCGGCUCAGCGGCCAACUGCGUCCUGUACUGAACUAGGACUCUGCUCGGGGAAAUGUGAUCAAAUAACAUUUGAGGCAUCGUUUAUAUCUUUGGGAAACCAUAUCGCCUUUAUUUUAAUGAAAAAACGAGCUUUUUGGUGCUUAAGUUGUCGCUGAGCCGCUUUAUUUAACAACUAAAUCGAUUGAAUCACCCGGUCUCGCUUUGCCAUGGAAACGCUUUAUCGCCAUCUUCAAAGGAAUUUUUCUAGCCGUUAACCGAGGAAGAAAACUUUGAGAAGAGUUUUUAUACGUUUACAGUGGAUUACUGUGGGACUUAACUUAUUAAAAUCCUAAUAAUAACGAGAAGAGACCAAAAAAAUCACCUAUUCUAUCACCUAAUUCGAAUCGUGUGUGGAAACGAUGGCUCUCUCUCAGGUUCAGUGUCUUGAUGACAAUCACGUGAACUGGCGUUUAAAUGAAUCUAAACCGGAGUUUUUCUAUAGUGAGGACCAGCGGCUAGCGCUCGAGGCGCUUGCUACGAAAGGACGCGACGCUUUUGACGCAUAUGUGAAAGAGCACGAGCUGCGACCUUUCCUGUCGGAACCCGAGCUUGAGCUGCUUCGUCGGAACAUAGAAGAUUAUAAGCCCGGUUCUGAGCAUCAAAAAUCAGAUGGUACGACGGAGGGAGAUGACAGUGCGGUGUCUUUGCAGUAUUGGCCGGACCGCUCUGAUAUCUCCAUACCGAAUCUGGACCUCGGAUGGCCCGACUGCAGUUCUUACCGCGGAGUUACGCGCGUCAAUGUGUACACGCAACCGCCGCUGGACGGACAGACGCAUAUAAAAGAGGUUGUAAGAAAAGCCAUCGCGCAAGCACAGAAGAUGAUAGCUGUGGUAAUGGACGUUUUCACAGACGUUGACAUUUUUAAGGAUCUAAUAGAGGCUGGAUUUAGAAAGAAAGUGGCUAUAUACAUUAUUAUAGAUAAUGCUUCUGUACAGAACUUCCUGCUUAUGUGUGAGAGAGCCAACAUGCACAGAGGACACCUCAAUCAUCUGAGGGUGCGAUGCAUCGGUGGUUGUGAAUUCUACACACGCUCAUCUCAGAAGGUGCGUGGCUCGUUGAGUCAGAAAUUCAUGUUUGUGGAUGGAGACCGCGCUGUGUCCGGAUCAUACAGUUUUACAUGGACAGCUUCUCGUUUGGACCGCAACAUCAUUACAGUCCUGACUGGGCAGGCCGUCGAAACUUUUGACAAGGAGUUCCGUGAAUUAUACCUGUACUCUCGUGGGGUCAAUCUCACCAAGAUUCCUUUGGCGGACCCUCCAGAGCCGGACCCUACCCCAGUCGUCGUUCCUCCCCCUGUUUCCGCAGCUGUUGCAAGAAAACUAAUUAACCCCAAAUAUGCUUUGGUCACUGUAGAUACAGCAAGCAAAUCAUCUUCAGACAAAGCUAGUGCCAAGAACAAUAACUCCCAGAAUCCUAUGGUCCAGAUUCCCAAGCCUCAACGGGAGAUACAAAAGCACCCAGGACUUGUAGGCUUGCCAAAAGCAGAUCUCAUUCUCUACUUGCCCACCUGGCCCGAGCCAGACCCAUCCAGUGACGUUAUUGGGUAUAUUAAUAUCCGUGACACAAGCAAGCCAACACAAGUGCAUUUAAUGCGCUCGCAAAUGUUUGAAACAUCUCAAGCAAUCCGCUUUAAAGAUCCUUUCACUGGCCCACCUGAGGAACCGCUACCAGAUAAGGCAACUCCUCGUCUUUCAACAGCACAGUUGUCUAAAAUGGAAGCAAAUGUUCAAUCAAGCACCCAACCUCAGCUGGAGACCGAUUCUAGCAAUGCCCAUCAAGAUACACCAGCCAAUACAUCUGAUUCGCCGAGCUCUCCAAUCCAGCAACAAGACCCCAAACCCAACCUUCCUCCAAAAGAGCAGGAACCCAACCAUGAACCAGCAGAGGUCCAACAGGUUUCAGAUCUGCCUGUUCCCAAGCCACGCACCCUUCAGUUGGUGGUUAAUAUGCUGGAAGGCUCUGGAGAUGCAGAGGUCACUUUAGUCAAAAGGGAGGAAAACCAGACGAAGGAUUCACACAUGGAUGCUCAAGACAACAACGCCGACAGCACCACUGUGACCUGUGCAGAUUCAUUAAAGGAUAAAGAUGAGAAUUCCACAAUGUCAGAUGAAUACUAUGAAUGUACUGACUCUGAUGGCAGUGAUAAACUCCCUAACGGAAGGAUAACUGGUUCCGGUCGUGUUGGAGAACACAGCCCUAAUGCACUUAACGUGAUGGCCCGCUUCUCUCAAUCCAUGCUGGACUUGCGAUCGGAUGAUGCUGAUCUACAAAGCACUGCCGAGAGGAAUCUACUAAACAUGCAGAACAGAAACAAAUCAAAGCUUUACCAGAUGGUCUCCAGGUCACCUGUUCGAGACACUUACGGCCGGGCCAAAGUGAUGAUUGCUAAACCUGGAGUGUUUCAUAGACCCCCUAAAAGCAGUGGCCAUGUGAUUGGGGGCCACAGGUACUGGCAGGGGAAAGUGUCUGGCAAUGAACUCCCCUCAAGUGGAUCAGGCCAGCAAAACCUAAACCGUUCUGGCCGGUCCCCCAGAAGACAAAGCCCCGCCUAUACGAUAGAAGGACUGCGAACAAGCCAAUCACCCGCUCAGCGGCUCAUGCAUUCUCAAUCUCUCUCCCCCGCUCAUCGAGCCUCUCAAAUAAAGUCUCCGUCUCCUCGUAGACGGGUCGAGACUCGCACGCCAUUAGGAAUCUCUUUAUCUAAACUCGCCAGCUUCAAACACCUCCGGGGGAAGGUUCCAGUGAACACGUCUGGUUUUGCUUUGGGGGAUAAAUUGUUGACACGUAGUCACAAUGAGAAUUAACUGAUUUAUAGUGGCUUUCUUCCCUCAAAAAACAACUUUGUAUUGAGUACAAAGACACAAAUGUGUAAUGACGUAGCCACCAGUCUCCACCGAUAAAGGCUGGAGUUCAACUGGAUCUUUAAACUGACACGAGUGUUACAGUGGCACACAAACAAUGACAUUUUCUGGACAGUGGCAAGGAACACUUGUUACAUAAAGCCUUACUCUUUUUUGAUGUGCCUUUGAGUAAUCUGUACUAGUGCAAGGGAAUUUGGUGGUGGAUUUAUGACCAUGGUGAUGGCAAUUUCACGUUCACCUCUAUUAUUGGCUAAUUAGUGUCUUAGAUUGUGGGAAAAGGACGUUGAAAAGUUUAAGUACGAACUGAAUUUGAGCUAUUUUUAAAAAUGCACAUACUAAUACAGUUGUCCCUGGUUUUAUCAGAGGAGAUCAAGGCCUGUUCACACCAGGACAAAUGUUCUGUGCGGAAAUUCGUUGGGAUAAGCAUUUUAUUUUUUAUGAACGGCUUUUAAUGCAUCUGUUCACACCAAUUUGAUCUUUCGCUUGCUUUCAUUGCAACUUUUUUUCUAACCUCUCUUUCAUCACAUUGCAAAAAAUAUAUAUUUUAAAAUAAGGUUAAAAGGUUUGUGCUUUAGGUCACAUGCCCAAGGUUGCUGCUGUUACGUAAAACUACGACUUUGUGGUACACAAACACAGACUAUUUUGCUUGGAAACCGUGAAUAAACCUGGGUAUUUUAGUUUUUCCAUAAGCGCCACUUACUGUCAGAGGUAAGUUUGUAUUUUCAUUCAGCCCAUUUGCCUUUUUCUUUUUUUUUUUCUUGCGUGGGUCUGAACAAAAAAAAAAAAAAAUUGCGUGCAAAAAUCGGACCACAUUUUCAUGCCAAACAUUUGUGCUGGUGUGUACCAAGCUUUUGAGUUGGAGUCAAGACCAAACCAACAUCCAGACCAAGACCUGUCCAUUUGCUGAAUUUGUUGCAGCAUUCAUUUCAGAUACUGAGCCACUUUGCACAGUGGUGAACUGUGGUCAUGACUGAGGCCCUCAGCCAAGACCCAGAACAAGACUUUUAAGAUUUGAGCCCCCAACCAGAGGACCUACUGUAAUAAGACACAGACCAAACCAACAUUUAUUGGGUCUUGAGGGGACUCCAACUCUGUCAGUAUUUCUAGGAAUUUAAUAAUUUCUCUUCUGAUGAUGUUUUUUUGCCUUCCAAGGAGGUUUGGAAAUGUACUUUUUGAGGACGUGAUGUGCACUAUAUUUUAAGGAAGGAAAGUGUUAUAACUUUAGUUAUUACAAACAGUCUUCUAAAUUCUCAAUUUUGCUUUUUUAUUUUUUUAAAUAAAUGAUCUUAAAAAGCAAGGUAUUUAAAAGAUGCUAGUCUGCACACACUGAUUCCUACAGUUUCUGUGAGGAUAUACUUGAAUCAUUUGGUGAUGUUUUUGGUGACACAGGAGAAGCAUAGACUUUAGUCAGGGUAGUUGUACUUAAUUUGACACAAAUCUCUCAGAGUCUCGUUUUCAUUGCGUCAAAUUAGAAGGGUCUAGCCUAUCCUGACUUAGGUCCAUUUCAGGCUUGGUAGAUUUUAAUUUUUUUUUCUCCUAAACCUUUCUCUCUAAAACUGCAGUCUUUGUGGCAAACAAGUGAUACAUCACAUAUCUUAUAGCAGAAUGCAACUCAUAAUGCAAAAUACAUUUGCAAUACUGUCCUCUAU